AUGACACUGCCACGUUUCGAUCAAAUCCGUCCGAAAAUCGAGGCGCACAUUCGGGAGGUGCACGAUUUUCCGAAAAAAGGCAUCAAUUUCAGGUGAGUCUGGGUGGGAAAAUAGUGUUGUUUUUCAAAAAAAAAAUUAAAUUGCAGUUUCUCGAUAACCUUUUAGAAGAGUCUAGAACUAUUCUUUUUUAAUUCACACUGGCUGCUCAGGUAAAUCGUUUGUAAUCUACUUAGCUAGCUAAUUCUCGUUGUUUCUAACCGGACCUAGUUAGAUUGCUACCCGAUUUUUGAAUCUAGCUAGCUGAUUUUGCAAUCUAAACAUAAUCUAGCUAGGUUUGCCCGAAAUUUUAAUCUAAUUAGAUAAAUUUUGAAUCUAAUAUCAGUGUUUUUGCAAUCUAAUUAGCUUCGCCAGUCUAAUUAGAAAAUUUAUCAGUCCAGUUAGAAGAAUUUGCAAUUUAAUCGCAAUAAAUUUGCAAUCUAAUUAGGUCCGGUUAGGAACGCGAAUUAGCCAGCUAGAAACGAUUUACAAACGAUUUACCUGAGUGUCCUGAUGCUAGAGCAUUUUAUGCCCAAAAUUGGCUCAAUUUCAAAAUGAAGCCAAUAGUGUAGAAUUUUAGAAUUUCCCUUUUCAUAUUUAGGGACCGCAAUCUCAAAAAAAAAAACUCGAAAUUGAAUGAAGGCUAAACUGCCUGAAAAUCUGACUGCAAAAACGGAUGCCUCGUCUCUGAAACUGUAAAAAUACUUAAAACACAUAAAGCAGAACGUUUUCGGUAUAAAUGUUUUCAAAUUUGCAGAGACAUAAUGCCGCUGUUCACGAACCCGCAACUCGUGAACGAACUGUGCGUCGUGAUCGCCGACCACGUGCGUCACACAGUCGGCCACGUGGAUUCGGUGGCCGGUCUGGAGGCACGCGGAUUCCUGUUCGGACCGCAAGUGGCCAUCCAACUGGGCGUUCCGUUCGUGCCCAUCCGAAAAGCCGGAAAACUGCCGGGCGCGACGAUCGAGGCGGCCUACGUGAAGGAGUACGGCGAGGAUCGGGUCCAGAUCCAGGAGGGCGCCAUCAAAAAGAACGACGUCGUCUUUCUCAUCGACGACCUUCUCGCUACCGGCGGAACUUUGAGGGUACUCAUUUUAGAAUGCCUACUUCGCGCGAUUUGAAUUCUAAAACACCCCCCUAAAAUCGCCUGUUUUCAAUGGGGCGCACUUGCAACAGGCGGGCUGUGUCGAUUUACGCGGCGGCCGAUUAAUUACUUUUCAACGGGAGUUCUUUCGAUUUGAGUUAUUUCGAUUUGAAGGUUUUGGCCUGGAUUUUGAUGUUUUUCGAAUAGUUUUCGAAAACUGCUCAAGAAAACUAACCGCCGGAACCUGAAUUUUGUGAAGAAAGAUUCAGCGAACAUUUUUAUCGUUCGUUGGGCUCAUGAAAUGCAAAAUGAGCUGAAAUAUAAAGGUUUGAAGUUUUGACGAAAUGCGAAAAAGACGCUAAAAACAUGAAAAACUCUAAAUUCUGUAAAGAACAGUUUCCAAUCAGUAAAAUAUUGUUUUCUAGACGUUUUUCAAGUCAAAAAGAAAGAAAUACAGGUCGUAAACUCGAAUUGAACCGCAUUUUUAGACCUGCAAAUAUUCAAAAGUUACAACGACACUCCGCAAUUUACGAGCGCACUGUGUUUAGCAUUAGCGCCCUGGGAGACCGUGUGUUCUGCAACCCUAAACACACCUGACAAACGUGACAAUUCCCGGGCGCGUGAGCCACCUGAUUUGUACUAAAAGUAGUCUGGGACACCAUAUCCAACCGAGUUGAGCGGAAUUCCGUCUUCCGUUUUCCGUGUUCCGUGUUCCGUAAAAAAAAAUUUUCUUCCGGAUUUCAAAAUUCCAUUUCCGCUCAGCUCUGAUAUCCAACCGUUAAACUCGUUUUGAAACAGCAAUUUUUGCAGGCCGCCACCGAUUUGGUCGUGAAAGCCGGCGGAAAAGUGGGCGAGGCGUUUGUGCUCAUCGAGUUGGCUCCGCUGAACGGCCGUCAGAAGCUGCACGACGUCAACCUGACCACCCUCAUUUCCUACGACACCGCCUGA